CAAGAGACGAGAGAAGUCUUGGGAGACUGAGAAAUUACGUAGCCAUGGAGAAGAGAAUAUUCAGCAGAGAAAGCAGAAGCGGCCCCAUGCUAACCAUGCAGCACAACAAGCAGCCGCAGCCACUUAUGGCAGAGGUCCAACGUCGUAACAAACCCCAGCAAGUAGCCGACCUCACUGACUUCAUGAACGACAUGUUUUUUGGCACCGUAAACGCCAAGUCCAAGUCCUAUAACUUGACCGGAGACGACGUAGACGACGUAAACUACGAGGACGACGGCGACAGCCCAAGACCCACAUCCGCCACUACUACUAACAGCAAAAUGACUCAGGAAUGGCUAGAAGAGGCCCGGCGCAUUGUGGCCUCGUCCCCAACUCGGUGUGAAUCGCCCUCUCGACUCGCUGCUGGCUCACCGCGCUUCGCAGCUCCCACGCAGGCCCCAAGAUUGUCAUUUUCUUCCUCCCUUGAUCGCCGGGACCCACAAUCUAGGUCCGCCCGAAGGCACCGUGCGGCGGAGAGUUUUAGUGGCGAGAUCCUAUCCAAGUCAGCCAACAAGCACACCAGAAACAAAUCUGACGUGUUGUUGUUGGAGGGGCCUACUUCGCCUGCAUCACCAGCGGAAUCAUCGCCUGCAUCGGCGGUCCACAAAUGGUUUUCCAACAUCCUCAAGCCCAACUCAAAUCCUUCUCCGGCCCAGCAGCCCAAGGGCCAAACUGUGUCUCCCCGCCAGCCUGUCAACCGUAGGUCUCGGUUCCAAAAUGACCCCUCCUCGCCUAGCCCACAGGGGAUUCCGAUCCCUUCUCGGCGGACUUUCCAAAGCCCGACACUUUUGCCGGAUGCCAAGCCGCUGUCUCCGCCCAAAAACCUUGUCCCAUGA